AUGGACAAUAUAUCCCAUUUUACGACAUUCUUUCUCUCAGAAAUUAAGGAAUCAAUGUCAGUCAAACACACAUAUUUUACUCUCUCUCUUGCUGUAUAUCUUCUAAUAAUUGUAUUUAAUGUGACUUUGAUAGUGACAAUCCUGCUGGAGAAAUCCCUCCAUGAGCCCAUGUACAUAUUCCUGUGUAAUCUGUGUAUUAAUGGACUGUUUGGAACAGCUGGUUUCUACCCCAAAUUCAUGUAUGAUUUAAUCUCUGACACGCAUGUGAUCUCAUACAGUGGGUGCUUCUUGCAAUUUUUUGUUAUUUACACCUCUGCUGUGUGUGACAUUACAUUAUUAACAGUGAUGGCUUAUGACAGGUAUGUGGCAAUCUGCAGACCCUUAGACUAUCACUCUGUCAUGACAAACAACACUCUCAUGAAAUUACUUCUGUUUUCCUGGCUUUUACCUGCUUGUUCUGCAUCUACAGCACUUCUAUUAACAAACCAAUUGUCAUUAUGUGGUUCCCACAUUGACAAGCUCUAUUGUGACAACGUGUCCAUGGUGCUGCUAUCUUGUGAACCUGCAGUUAUUAAUAAUAUUUAUGGAUUUUUUGUAAUUGUUGUGUAUGUUUCUCUUGUGAUUUUUAUUAUUUGUUCUUAUAGUAAACUGAUCACUACAUGCAUGAAGUCCACAGAAAGCAAAACUAAAUUUAUGCACACCUGUGUGCCACACUUGCUGUCUUUAUGUAAUUUUGCAGUUGCUUUACUUUUUGAUACAACUUACGUUCGUUAUGGAAUGAGGGAUGUCCCACAAAGUCUACGAAAUUUUUUGGCCUUAGAAUUUCUGAUAAUCCCACCUAUUUUUAACCCCUUAAUUUAUGGAUUAAAACUGACUGAGGUUCGCAAAAGACUCCUGAGAGCUGUGAAAGUUAAAGUGACAAACCCACUGUAUAAUGUAAAAAAAGAGGUAGUAGCACACUGA